ACAUUCAGUGACAUUACUGGUAGGUCACACUGUAGUGGACGUGUUUAAACACGCCACAGUGCUGUGGAGAGUGACGAAGCCAAAUACACAGCACUCAGGAGAGAUUUAAAAAAAAAAAAUCAACUUGUGGUCCGCAGGGAUGUGUGAUCACUACCUUUGAUAUAGAAGUCAUUUUAGACCCACAGCUUGACAUUUUCUUGUCAUUUUACAAAAGUUUGCGGUCUGUUUGGGAAAGUAAACGAAAUAGAACCACUGCAAAAAGAAGCUCGGAUGUAGCGCUGACCGGUCAGUGUUAUCUCUAGGACCCGGCGGAGCGCUCCAGUGUAAUUGGACACUUGCUCUGUUGAAAGAAAGAAAGAAAGAAAGAAAGAGUCCUUUUCUCUUUCUCCUUCAAACAUAUUCAUCAAUUCCAUGAAGCUAGAAAACCGUUCCUAACGUCUCCACGAGAACCAGGACUGAACCAAAGGCGCAAAUGGACAAUAGUGACUCCAGGACCAGCGGUCACUUAACUAUUUGUGGCGCGUCCUCCUGUAAAGGCUGCGCCAAAGGACGCGCUGCGUAAAGUCACCGAGUCUCCAUUUCAGACGAGUCUGUGGUGCACGUGUCUGUGAUCGGACGUGACGGUGGUUCAGACGGGUGAGAAUUGCAAAAGUUGGGACUGAUUUGUAAAAGGAAAAGACACUUUUCUUGAAGAUCUGCUGAAGGCUGCAGCAUCACAGAGGCUGGUGUGGACCGCUGGUCUGUGUUGGCAGAAAGAAAAAAAAAACUUGUUGCACCUUGUCCCAGGAGAGCAUUUAAAACGGUGGACAAAAUGGAAAGUGAGGAGUGUCGGCUCCCUGUGUUUCAUCUCAUCUGACCAUUCACUGACCCUUUAAUCAACGCUGAACACUUCACAAGAGGCUCACGUCAUCAGUCAAGAACAAAAGCAGCAACAACUCCAAAAAAAAACAAAAAAAAACAACCCAAAAAACGAAUGGGAGCUAAUUGUUGUCCAAAGCUGCUGACACCUAAAUAGCAGCAUGCUGCCGCAGUUCCCAGACUGUCCACUGCACUCUUAGAAGCUGUAGUUCACCUGAAACAUUCUUUGUGUUUAUCACUGACGUAAGGCGUACAUUUUUCUCCAUAAUUUGUUCACAACCAAAUCAGCGAUGCUCUGGCCUGUACUGUUCACUCUACAAGCGGUCUGCGCCGGUGUGGCCGAUGCCAUGCAACAUUACCCAGCAGCCUGGGGACACUAUGACGUCUGCAAGUCCCAGAUCUAUACCGAGGAGGGCCUGGCGUGGGACUACAUGGCCUGUCAGCCGGAAGCCACUGACAUGACAAAGUACCUGCGAGUGGCCCUCGACCCCCCAAAUAUCACGUGUGGAGAUCCACCAGAAACAUACUGCGCUUUGGAAAAUCCUUACAUGUGCAACAAUGAAUGUGAUGCCACCACUGAGGAGUUGGCUCAUCCUCCUGAACUGAUGUUUGACUUUGAGGGUCGUAACCCAACAACGUUUUGGCAGUCCACCUCCUGGAAGAAAUACCCCAAGCCUCUGCAGGUCAACAUCACACUGUCAUGGAACAAGACCAUUGAGUUGACUGACGACAUAGUCCUGACCUUUGAGUCGGGUCGACCGGAGCAGAUGGUGCUGGAAAAGUCGCUCGACUACGGGCGAACCUGGACCCCUUACCAGUUUUAUGCCACCGACUGCCUGGACGCAUUCACCAUGGAACCCAAGACUGUGAAUGACCUCACGCAGCGCACUCUGCUGGACAUCAUCUGCACUGAGGACUACUCCAGAGGCUAUGUGUGGAAGUACGACAAGACGGUGCGUUUUGAGAUUAAAGACCGCUUUGCCCUGUUUGCUGGGCCUCGACUACACAAUAUGGCCUCACUGUACGGUCAACUGGAUACCACCAAGAACCUGAGGGACUUCUUCACCAUCACUGAUUUGAGGAUUAGGUUGCUAAAACCGGCCACUGGAGCCACCAUGGUAGAUGAGAACAACCUGUCCAGAUAUUUCUACGCCAUCUCUGACAUCAAGGUACAGGGCAGGUGCAAAUGCAACCUGCACGCCAACAGCUGCGUUUUUGACAAGGGAAAGUUAGGCUGUGAAUGUGAACACAACACCACAGGGCCCGACUGCAGCCGCUGUAAACGGCACUACCACGGAAGAGCCUGGAGCGUCGGCUCCUACCUGCCUAUACCUAAAGGAACCGCCAAUAUAUGUAUCCCCAGCAAUCACGGACCAGUGCAUCGAGCAAAUGCCUCAUCUCUCGGUGUUGCAAACCGUAACCAAGCUCGCGUGUGUGACAAUGCUAUGCUGCGCUGUCAGAACGGUGGCACAUGCCACCAUCAUCAGCGGUGCCACUGCUCCCCCGGCUUCACCGGCGUCCUGUGUGAAAGAGCACGCUGCCAGGGUGCAGGCGAGUGCGAUGACCAGUUGUCUGGACAGGCCACUCUCUAUCAGCCGCUGGUCAGCUGCCACCUCAGUCUGGCCCUCAUAGUGCUCCUACUGCUGACCUUUACCCUCUGUUGAGGGACUGGACGGGCCUGACACCCUCAACCACACCCUAGGAGCUCGACUCUGACACCAGAGGACACGGAGCGAAAGGACACGUGAACAAACAACUCCAGCUCGGCAUAAGAAACUAUUUUGUAAAUGGAAAAGCCACAUCUGUGUGUGUUGGUGAAGGCAUUUCUAACAGGAAGUGCACUGACCUGUCACCCAGAGUGA